UGUUGUUUUCAGUUUCCAAACAAAUAAAGAAAAGACUUUAUUAUCAUCGAAUGCAGCAAAUUCGGAAUCAUGGAUCUGAAAUACAAUUCCUCUCGGAAGCAUGUAUCUAUCAGUGUACCUUCAAAAUCGCAAGCAAUGUCACCACAUAUAAAAUCCAUAGAUGAUGUAAUAGUCCUUGGAAUUAAUCUCAGCAAAUUUAACAAGCUUACUCAGUUUUUCAUUUGCGUUUUUGGAGUUUUUCUGUUUUAUCUUAUUUAUGGAUAUCUACAGGAACUGAUAUUUUCAGUGGAGGGGUUUAAGCCCUUUGGCUGGUACCUAACACUAGUGCAAUUUGGGUUUUAUUCUAUUUUCGGACUAGUAGAGUUGCAGCUUAUUCAGGACAAAAGGAGACGGAUCCCAGGCAAAACCUACAUGAUAAUAGCUUUUCUAACAGUGGGGACAAUGGGUUUAUCAAAUACCUCCUUAGGAUAUCUGAAUUAUCCUACACAAGUAAUCUUCAAGUGCUGUAAACUGAUCCCAGUUAUGAUAGGAGGAGUCUUUAUACAAGGAAAACGUUAUAAUAUUGCCGAUGUUUCUGCUGCAAUAUGUAUGAGCUUGGGCUUGAUAUGGUUUACUCUGGCUGAUAGCACAGUUGCACCAAAUUUCAACUUGACAGGUGUGGUCCUCAUUUCUCUUGCCCUCUGUGCAGACGCAGUAAUAGGAAAUGUACAGGAAAAAGCUAUGAAGUUGCACAAUGGAUCAAAUUCUGAAAUGGUUUUAUAUUCCUAUUCAAUAGGUUUCCUGUACAUUUUAUUGGGACUGACUUGCACUAAUGGCUUAACCCCUGCAGUAACAUUUUGUUCCAAGCAUCCAGUUCAGACAUACGGCUACGCAUUCUUGUUUUCCUUGACUGGGUAUUUUGGAAUCUCUUUUGUUCUGGCUUUGAUUAAAAUCUUUGGGGCUCUUUUGGCUGUAACAGUAACAACAGGAAGAAAAGCAAUGACAAUUGUACUUUCCUUUUUGUUUUUCACAAAGCCAUUCACAUUCCAGUAUGUGUGGUCGGGCUUAUUAGUUGUCCUGGGUAUAUUUCUCAAUGUUUACAGCAAGAAUAUGGAUAAAAUCAGACUGCCAUCUAUAUGCAGUAUCUGGAAAAAAUCAACUGAAGAAAGAAAGACAAGGACGUUGUCCCAGACUGUGUAGAGCAGUGGCUCGGGCCAUGCAUUGCACAUUAACACUUCUGUUAUUACAUUGCCAUAAUCUGGCUGAUUCAUUUUCCAAAGGGAAUGAUUCUAAAACCAAAGGAGCUGAAGGCCUUCUGUCCACUCGUGAAUGGCCAGAAGUGAACACCUCCACGAUGGCUGUCUCUACAGAGCUCAUGGACCUCUUCCUGUCGUGGGGAAACGCCAUUUGCUUAUGAAGGACUGCAGCUCUCAGUGACUGUCAGCAUCUUCCCUCCCAGUUGGGUGCAGAGGGAAGGGCAUAUGUGUGAUUAACUUGGGCAUUCCAGUCGUAUCAAAGAUGAUGACGAUGAUGAUGAAAUCAGUGGGUCCUUGUGUUUUAUUGUUGGCUUGGUUUAUUUAAAAGUAAUGUAUUUGACACUUAAUGGAAGCUGAUGAAAACCCAGUGGACUAAAUGGAAUGUUUAAACCUGCAAAGUUUAGAUGAUCAUGCCAUCACUUUUGUUUUUCAAUAAAUUUUUUUAAGUCUGUC